UCUUCAAAACCUCAUAUGAAGAUCUCUCACUAGUCACGUAUACGUUUCUUUCUUUCUUGCUGAAUUCUCGAAUCUAUGGCGAGCGAACGGGAAAUUUCCUUUUCGCGUGGCGCUCAUGCGCCGUAUUUUACUGACGACGACGAUGACGACGAGGAAGAGAAGUUGGGAGAUACGGAAGAAGAAGAAUUGUUGGAGGAUGAGGUUGAGGAGGAAGAAGAAGAAGAGAGUUGGAGGGAUAGUCGGGGAUUGUUUUUAAUGUGUGGCGGCAGCGGCCGUCGGCGUAAAAUUUGGUCGCUAGGGCGAGUUUUGGACCCUAGAGCUAAAUGGGUUCAGGAAUGGAAUAGGGUUUUCCUCCUCGUGUGCGCAACGGGCCUCUUCAUGGACCCGUUGUUCUUCUACACCCUCUCGGUAAGCGACACGUGCAUGUGCCUGUUCGUCGACGGGUGGUUCGCCAUCACCGUGACGGCGCUCCGGUGCAUGACCGACGCGUUGCACGUGUGGAACAUGUGCCUGCAGCUCAAAAUGGUCAAGCGAUCGUCGUACGAUAAGAGAAGCGGAAGCGAGAGUGAAGAGGAGAGAGACGGGAGGCGAGAAAGAAGCAGCCGACCCCGUGGUGCGAAUGCACGCCACGUGGCAUUUAAAUACCUUAAAGCAACAAAAGGAUUCUUCUUCGAUCUCUUCGUAAUCCUACCCCUACCUCAGAUUGUACUGUGGGUGGCAAUUCCAUCAUUAUUGGAAAGAGGAUCGGUAACCCUAGUAAUGACGGUGCUGUUGAUAAUAUUCCUCUUCCAAUACCUUCCGAAGAUCUACCAUGCCGUUUGCCUCCUACGACGGAUGCAAAACCUUUCCGGCUACGUCUUUGGUACCGUCUGGUGGGGGAUUGCUCUCAAUUUGAUCGCUUAUUUCGUCGCUUCACAUGCAGCGGGAGCUUGCUGGUACUUGUUGGGGAUCCAAAGAUCGGCCAAGUGCCUGAAAGAGCAAUGUAGAGGAAUAGAGAAUUGUGACCUGAGGUUAUUGACUUGCAAAGAUCCAAUUUACUAUGGAACAAGAAGCAUGGUGAGGGAUGGAGCUAGGCUACUUUGGGCAGAAAACAAACAAGUGAGAAGCGCAUGCAUUGAAACCCCUGCUAACUAUGAUUACGGAGCUUAUAAAUGGACCGUUCAGCUCGUCAAGAACGACAGUCGUCUCGAGAAAAUACUUUUCCCCAUCUUCUGGGGUCUCAUGACUCUCAGCACAUUUGGGAACUUGGAGAGCACAACCGAAUGGCUGGAAGUUGUUUUCAACAUCAUUGUGCUUACCAGUGGACUUCUUCUCGUCACAAUGUUGAUCGGAAACAUUAAGGUGUUUCUGCAUGCAACAACGUCCAAGAAACAAGCGAUGCAGUUGAAGAUGAGGAAUAUAGAGUGGUGGAUGAGGAAGAGGCGCUUGCCUUCCGGGUUCCGGCAAAGGGUCCGCAACUACGAGCGGCAACGGUGGGCUGCGAUGCGCGGUGUCGACGAAUGUGAGAUGAUCCGAAACUUACCCGAGGGGCUCCGGAGAGAUAUCAAGUACCACCUCUGCCUGGAUUUAGUUAGGCAGGUACCAUUGUUUCAACACAUGGAUGAUUUGGUCUUAGAAAAUAUUUGUGAUCGUGUCAAAUCUUUAAUUUUCACCAAAGGAGAAAUUAUAACUAGAGAAGGUGAUCCGGUACAAAGAAUGCUGUUUGUGGUAAGGGGACAUCUCCAAAGCAGCCAAAUUCUUAGAGAUGGUGUGAAAAGUUACUGCAUGUUAGGCCCCGGAAAUUUCAGUGGCGAUGAGCUCUUAUCGUGGUGUCUACGAAGACCCUUCAUUGAAAGGCUCCCGCCAUCGUCUUCCACACUCAUAACACUCGAAACUACCGAGGCAUUCGGUCUUGAAGCCGACGAUGUCAAAUAUGUUACGCAACAUUUCCGCUAUACAUUCGUUAAUGAAAAGGUCAAGAGGAGUGCUCGGUAUUAUUCUCCGGGGUGGCGUACAUGGGGAGCGGUGGCGAUUCAAUUGGCUUGGAGGCGGUAUAAGCACCGGCUAACCCUCACAUCAUUGUCGUUCAUUCGGCCUCGGAGGCCAUUAUCUAGGAGUAAUUCAUUGGGGGAGGAGAGGCUCAGGCUUUAUACAGCUAUGUUGACUUCACCAAAGCCCAAUCAAGAUGAUUUUGAUUUUUGAAAAAGGUUUCAAACGAAGUUCCAUGGAGUUCCGAAGGUCCGGUAUUUCGGGUUAGCGCUCGUUCUGGUACCAUUUGAGAGGAACUCAAUCGGUUCGACAGUAGUGCAGUUUUGUUUUGGCUUUUAAAUGUUUGUAUAAUAUAUGUUGUAUCUUUCAAGUGAAAUUGGAAGGUUACCAAAGCAAAAAAUAAAUGAAGCAACCAGAGCAUUGUGUCACAAAUGAACCAAAAUCAGUUUCCCAGCAAUGCAUUGCCACUCACUUCCAUAUCUUCCAUCCAAUUCCUGCAU